AUGAAUAAAAAGGAAAGAGAGAAAUCAUUUUUGAGAAAUGGAGGCAUUUUAUUAGAGGAUCUGAUUGCUUCAAGUAAUGGAAAAUGUAAUCUCAUUCGCAAUUUCUAUGCUGAGGUGCUCAUCACAGCAACAAACAACUUCCAUUCAACUCACAUUAUGCAACAAUGUCCAUUACUUCCACAAGAGGGGAUUAUAGUUUAUGAGCUAAAUGAUCAUCUUGAGCAUGUGACUUAUCUUAUGUAUAAGGGUUAUCUAGAUGAUCGACAAAUCAUUGUUAAGAAGUUCAUGAGCUUGUCCGUGGAGGAUGAUAAUGUAAGAAAUUCAGAUAAAGCUCAGUCCUAUGCUAUACGUGACAUCGUCAUUGCAACCCAGAUGAGCAACCAUAACAACGUUUUAAAGCUCUUAGGCUGCUGUUUAGAAUUUCCUAUACCAGCUCUUGUGCAUGAAUACGCAGCAAAUGGAGCUCUCAAUGACAAAGGAGGUUUUGGUGCUGAUGAAGAAUUCCUACCUUGGAAGUUGAGGAUGCGGAUUGCUAAGCAGCUUGCAAAUUCACUUACAUAUCUCCACACUGCUCUUCUCAGGCCAGUCAUCCAUAGGGAUAUAAGACCCUCCUCCAUUUUCUUGGACCGUAACUUUGUUCCUAAACUCUCCAACUUCUCAGUCUCCAUAACAAUCCCUCCUCACCAACCGUAUACAAGUAAUGAAACAGAUAUCACGUCUUUGUACUGUGAUCCUGAAUAUUUAGAGUCUAGUUCUGCUACUGAGAAAAGUGAUGUCUAUAGCUUCGACAUGCUUUUACUUAUUUUCUCAACAGGGAAAAGUGCUAAAGCUAUUUCUUGGGAAAGAAAGCCAUUAAUUAAUAACUAUGUGGGAGAACAUGUUCUAAACGAGCAGGUGACUGAAUUUGUGGAUCCCAAUAUUUUGAGGGAGGAAGGAGGAGAUGGACAAGCACAACAAGUAAAAGAUUUUUUAUGA